CUAGAUUCUAAGACGUCAUUGCUUCGGAACAGGCCACGAGAUUAUUUAAUAAUCUAAGAAUCGAGAUGCUGACGUAUUGGUGACAGAACGAUCAUCCUAGUGAGCCUCACCAGCUUCAUGUAGGUAGGUAGGGACUUGUUUAAAUUCUAGGUAAAUCAUCCCUCAUCUUCUGGCCAAGUAAAACAAAUUCAUAAACAAAUUCUACUACAAAAUUUAAUUCUCUCGUCGCUAACCGAGAGGGAGAGGAAAAGCAGAGAAAAUGAAGUCGAUUCUCAAGCUCCCCCGCCUAGACCCAUCUCGAACCAGUCGGCAGCAUGCCACUUACCGAGGGGGUAGACGACCUAUCCCAAGCACCCGAAUAACAACAACCCGGGCGCCCUUCGCGACAAGCGCAGCACGCUAUACGGUGGUGGUGGUAGACCAGACGAAGAAGUCGAACGACCCGUCCGCGGAGCAGAAGGACGAACAUCGCGAACAGGCAACGAAGACGGCGUCGUCGGGGGUCCAAGAUCGCGGUCACCCCGCCAAGCAGCCGGAUCCACAGCCUAGCCCCAGCAAGUCCACAGGCGUCAGAUCCGAAGGGCCCGGGUCGAAGGCGGGAGAAGGGCCAGACCCGGAUGUGAGCAAGGAGAAGGCGGCUGGGGCGGGACAGCAUACGGGGUAGGAAUAGGCUAGUUUAGGUACCUUAGGUAGUAAUGGAUAUAUUAGUUGGUCUUAUAGGGAGUAUAUCUCCGUCUAUAAAUAUACAUACAGAUGUGAGAGACUCAUCAUCAUGAUAUAUAUUAGGUUAGGCACCCAGGUAGUUAGCUAGAGCGAAAGUGUGUUCUAUCCUUUACGAGCAAAAAAGCACUUUACCUGACACAUUCCAGAAAUAUUCGGAACAUGCGGGUGAGAAAGAAGCGUGUAAGAAAAAGAAAGAAAAAAAAAAGCUGUUAUUUGUAAGGAUUCACAUACGUAAUGGUGC